AUGUAUCAUCUGAAACUGCCUGCUUUUCUCUUUCUGCUGUUGGUGUUGCUGCGUUGUGUCGCCACCGCUCCCAACAACAGGUUCUCAGUUCACUUCAGAGAUCAGGUGCACAAGUUUCCGGACAGGGAGGGGUGGCUGGUCCCAGACUCAGCCACAAACUCUUUUCUAAGCCUGGCAGGGCCACGGCUUCAAAGAGGACUCAGUGCAGAGAACAGUCACCAAGUAGAGAAGAGGAAAUGUAACACGGCUACCUGUGUCACCCAGAGACUGGCAGACUUUCUAAUUCGCUCCAGCAACACCAUUGGCACUGUAUACGCUCCGACUAAUGUUGGAUCCAGCGCUUAUGGAAAGAGAGACCUUCAGUCUCCUGACUACCUCCCUCUUUAG